GGGGCUACCGGCUUUGGAGUUGAGGCCCUGGUCUGAGGCAGGAGUCCUGAGGUCACAGAGCACAGGACGUGCAGACUGGUGCCCGCCUGUUGUCAAGGUUCUCACAAACAUCAUGCCCCUGCAGAGGGAGGGCUGGACGCUGGAAGAAGACCCAGAAGAGGCCGAGGGCCUGGUUGAUGCACAGCUCUCUGGGGCUGAGGAUGAGGAGGAAACCCCAUCUCCCUCAUCCUCCUCCCCCUCCUCCUCCCUCUCCUCCUCCUCUCUCUCCUCCUCCUGCUCUUUCCUGUUAAUGAUCCCCGUGGAGGAGGGGUCGGCUGCUGGGUCCCUGAGUCCUCCCCAGAGCCCUCAGAGCGCUGGCCCCUCCCCUGCUGACAUGGCAGGUGCUCCAGAGAGCCAGUCUGAUGAGGAGCCCAGCAACCCGGAUGAGGAGGAAUCGAGCUCCUGGGGAGACCCAGCAGUGGCCGAGCCCUUGCUCCAAGACGCACUCAACAUGAAGUUGACCGACCUGCUGGCGUUCCUGCUCGUCAAAUAUCGCACCAAGCAGCCGACCACGCAGGCAGAGAUGCUGACAGUGGUCAGCCCAGAUGUCCAGGACCAGUUCCCUGUGAUCUUCCACCAAGCCUGCCAGUACCUGCUGCUGGUCUUUGGCGUUGAUGUGAAGGAAGUGGACCCCGGCGAGCACUCCUACGUCCUGGACACCAUCCUCGGCCUGACCUGUGGUGGGAUGCUACGUGGUAAGCAGGCCAUGCCCACGACCAGCCUCCUGGUGGUGGUCCUGGGAGUGAUCCUCCUGGAGGACGAAUGUGCCCCUGAGGAGGAGGUGUGGAAAGUGCUGGGGGUCCUGGGGGUGUAUGAUGGCAGGGAGCACAUAUUCUAUGGGGACCCCAGGGAGCUGCUCACCGAGGUCUGGGUGCAGGAAGGGUACCUGGAGUACCGGCAGGUGCCCGGCAGCGAGCCCGCACGCUACGAGUUCCUGUGGGGUCCCAGGGCCCACGCGGAGACCAGCAGCGUGCACGUGCUGCAGCAUAUCCUCAUGAGGCCUGCAGAGGUGCUGCGGCUCCUCCGGAGAUCCCUGCGGGAGCACUGCGGGAGGCACCUUGCUUGGACUCCAGCACAGGGGCAGCCCUCUGAGAGCCGCCCCCACGGGGGGCCCUGGGACCCCGGGGCAGGGCCUGUCGGGCUGAGCCCCUCCGCAUUUCCAGUCCCCUGGUCUCAGCGAGGGGAGGCCUGGGUGUGA